CCCGCCCCGGCUUCCCCCGCUCACUCUGUCUCGCGAGAUCUCCUGACACCUCUUUAUUUUCCCGCGAAUCCAAUUCGGCGAAAAGUGCGUCUAAACUAUGGCUUCCUAAGCCAGCCACACCCCUUCCCGCAGCUCUCCUCGAAGCCCCGCCUCCGGCCCCGCCUUCCUCCCGGCCGCCUUUGCGCCGCGCGCCUGCGCCUGCGCCGGCUUCCAGCUGGGGCCGGCCCCGAGAGCCGGAGGGGCGUGCGCGCGCGCCCUCGGCCCUGUUGCGCGCGCGGUGUCACCUUGGGCGCGAGUGGGGCCGCGCGCGCACAGGACCCGGAGCCGAGGGCCACUGAGCGGCGAUGGCGGCCACGGCGAGUCCCGGGGCCGGCGGGAUGGACGCGAAGCCCCGCACGUCCCCGAAGUCCGUCAAGUUCCUGUUUGGGGGCCUGGCCGGGAUGGGGGCUACAGUGUUUGUGCAGCCGCUGGAUCUGGUGAAGAACCGGAUGCAGCUGAGCGGGGAAGGAGCCAAGACGCGAGAGUACAAAACCAGCUUCCAUGCCCUCACCAGCAUCCUGAGGGCAGAAGGGCUGAGGGGCAUUUACACUGGGCUGUCGGCUGGCCUGCUGCGCCAGGCCACCUACACCACCACCCGCCUUGGCAUCUACACGGUGCUGUUUGAGCGCCUGACUGGGGCUGAUGGCACACCCCCUGGCUUUCUGCUGAAGGCCCUGAUUGGCAUGACUGCAGGUGCGACUGGGGCCUUUGUGGGAACACCAGCUGAGGUGGCUCUUAUCCGCAUGACCGCCGAUGGCCGGCUUCCUCCUGACCAGCGCCGUGGCUACAAAAAUGUGUUUAAUGCUCUGAUUCGAAUCGCCCGGGAGGAAGGGGUCCCCACACUAUGGAGGGGCUGCAUCCCUACCAUGGCUCGCGCUGUCGUGGUCAACGCGGCCCAGCUCGCUUCCUACUCCCAAUCCAAGCAGUUCUUGCUGGACUCAGGCUACUUCUCUGACAACAUCCUGUGCCACUUCUGUGCCAGCAUGAUCAGCGGCUUGGUCACCACCGCUGCUUCCAUGCCAGUGGACAUCGUCAAGACCCGGAUCCAGAACAUGAGGAUGAUUGACGGGAAGCCGGAAUACAAGAACGGGCUGGACGUGCUGGUGAAGGUUGUCCGCUACGAGGGCUUCUUCAGCCUGUGGAAGGGCUUCACACCGUACUAUGCCCGCCUGGGCCCCCACACCGUCCUCACCUUCAUCUUCUUGGAGCAGAUGAACAAGGCCUACAAGCGUCUCUUCCUCAGUGGCUGAGGCAGGCGAGGGGCCGGGGUGCCAGGGCUCCCCCUUACCCGCUGCUCCCACAGUCAGUGUGCCCCCGGGGGCCUGGACUCUGCUGCCCUGGGCCCCUCUAUUUAUUUUCCCUCCAUGGUGUGGUUCCCUCCUCUGCGGUAAAGGACUGUGGUCUGUCCUA